AAAUUAGGGUAAACUCGCUUUUCGGUAGAUUUUUAAAACUUUUUCUAAAACAAAUAUUGCCACAAGACUCAGCAUAGUCGAUUACCCAUAGUCCAUCCGUCUUUAAGGCUACCAAUAGUCACCGGGUGCCAGUCAUGGGACUCGUAGGGAAUCUGAUACAACGCCCGAACCAUGGAAAAAUAAGGUCUCACUUUAUUCCCAUUUUGAAGAGAACAUCCUGAGCUAUCAGUUCAUGAGAAAAAAGCAAUACAAUCCUAUUGGAAAAUCAUUACAGACGGGCUGGUUUUCCACAGAUCUCCUAAGAAACCUACUUCAAAAACCUCCUCUGAAAAUAAUUUUGUUUAUGGAAACAUGUAUCCAAGUCUCCUCUUUCGAAAGGCGAAAACCACAGUCUCCAUCUUAUUCUCAUCAAAAGUUAUUCAAAAACAACCGAGUGCCUCGACUUCUGGAACGGAAAUAGGGACCAUUUGGCUUUGCUUCUUAGUAUAAGGUCCCAUCGGGAAGAACGCUAUAUACGAUUAGAAUCAGCUCCUCGAGCUCUACAAACUGGUACCCAUCCGAUUCAAAACGGCGCGUCACACUUGGAUACCUUCCCUCGUUAGGAAGUCCUCAGUUCGAAUCCAAAAAGUAAAUAUCAGAUCCUUGCAUGAACGUUUCGUACUGAGAGAACAAAGUGAAGCGAGAGUCAAGUGGAGGAAAGUGUGCGAUGGUCAGUAGCCCGAACUGGAUAAUACAAGACACAAGCUUGUGUCUUGUAUAGACUUGUACAAGUAACAAAAUGUCUAGUCAGACAUAUUUUGGGAUAUAUUGAGAUAUAUCGUAUACAGGAAUAGAGUUAUUGUUUAUUUUCCCAUUUAUCUCAUUGAAACUACAACUCUUCGUCAAAAUGAACAUAUCCGGCUUUAUCCUUUCACAUGCAUAACAUCUUUAGACAAGCUCAUGUGUCUUUUAAGGUCAAACAACAACAACAACAAGUGGUAUUUGUUAUUACCUUCAAUGGAAUCGAACAGGUGUGAGAGUAGCCGGAUCAUCAAUUACUAUUAUAGGCCCAUCAUUAAAAUAUUUUGAGAAUCCCAUAGAUAUUAGUAUUGAUAAAUACUAUAACAUUUACGUUAGCGAUUUUUAUAAUAAUCGUGUUGUUUUAUGGAAACAAAAUGCUAGUAUUGGACAAUUAAUAGUGGGUAACAGUAUUUUAGGAGGUGAUUUAUCCAGUCAAUUAAUGAAUCCGAUGGGACUUUAUUUAGAUGAAAUAAAUCAACAAUUAUAUGUUUGCGAUACAUCAAACUAUCGCAUACAAAAAUAUUCACUUAUUCAGACAUCAUUACCAUUAAAUGGUACAACAAUUGCUAAUGUAUCGGCGGAUGGAUCUGCUCCUGACAUUGUUUAUUAUGCAUCAGUUUAUUAUGAUCAACAAAACAAUGAGUUAUAUGUAUUAGAUGCAGGUCAUAGUCGUGUAUUACUAUAUAGAAAUGGUACAACUGAAAAUCCACUGCAAAUUGCCGGUGGAAAUAAUGGUGGAGGUGAAACAUUAUCUGACUUAAAUUAUCCACUGGGUUUUUAUAUUGAUCGAAAUUUAACAGUUUAUAUUGCUGAUACAGGGAAUCAUCGAAUUGUUAAAUGGAUAAAAAAUUCACAACAAGGUAUAUUAGUUGCUGGUGGAAAUGGGGCAGGUUCUUUGAAAAAUCAAUUAGACGGGCCUCAUGGUGUUUAUAUUGAUGAAACAGAUGGCGGAACGAUAUAUAUUGCUGAUACUAAUAAUAACCGUAUACAACAAUGGUUAGUAAAUGCCACUGAAGGAAGAACAAUAGCUGGAGAUGUCAACGGCACGAUAGGAAUGCGACUAGAUCAGCUUUUUGGCCCUAGACAAGUUAAAUUUGAUAAAGAUUUUAAUUUAUACGUUGUUGAUGAACUAAAUCAACGAAUAGUCAAAUUUAAUUUACUACAUAAUGGUUAUGAUUGUCACUAA